UUUAUACAACAUAUGGCGCAGAGCAUCUUUGGACGGAGCCUGUCAGAUCCCUGGCAUCCAUGGAACGAACGAGGAUACAAAGCACACAUUGCACACAGUCCCAGGAGCCCCUCCGAAGACCCUUAUGGCGAGGAAGCCUACCAUCGAGCCUUCCAUGCGGAAGCGCUUGUAGAUCGUCCAAAUCCAAUGGUCCCCGAUCCCACUUAUUAUCUCAAUUCCGAGACGGCCAAGGAGGUUGUGAUGCGCAGAGACAGAGAGUUGUUUGCUCCUCGAGACAUGCCUCAUCCUGGAACACAACCACUCCAACAGUAUAAUCCACCGGCGACCCCCCAGCAACAGCCAUCACUCCUACCAGCAUCCUUUGCUCCCUCCGUCACUCCUACCUUGGAGCAAGCGGAUACACGUCCACAUGAACGGCUGCCUUCUCCCAAAUACAGGGACGAAUCUCCUCGCUCAUUCAACAAAAGGGUCAAGAGGGAACCCAAUGGCACCGCCUCUUCUUCCUCCUCGGGCAGUUCCAGGCCUUGGAACAAAAGGCAAGAGCCUCAGACCUCCGCCCCAAAACCACUUCUGCCGGCGACCAUGAGAUCAGUCCCGGAGCCACAUGCAGUGACCGUGACUGACUCUCGGUCGGCUGGGAUGGAUCGGUACGCACCUGUUCCCGAUCAAACAGUACCUGUCGACCAAAUGCGAUCACCUGCUUCACCGGGGAUUCCGACAUUCCUGGAGCCCCAGGUCACGACCUCAAUGGGUCCACCUCGAAUGUUGCGAUGA